AUGUCACGAAAUAGAGACAAAUUAGGGAGAUUUGUAAAACAACAAAUUGAAAUUUUAGAAAACACUCCUAAAUCGUCUUCUUCCACUCGUUCUCAUUCACCACCAUCACCCAUACUUCCUGCACUUCCAAUGAUGGCUCAACAACAGGAAAUCCAACCAAGAACACUACAGGAUUACCUACAUCCUACGCGUACGGCCACACCUUCAUGCAUAAUGUAUCCCAUGAAUAUGCCCAACUUCGAUUUCAAACCUGGCAUGAUUCAACUUUUACCCACCUUUCAUGGUAUGGAAAAUGAGAGUCCAUAUGUGCAUAUUCAGGCCUUCGAAGAGGUGGUGGCCACAUUCAACAACCAAGCUGACAUCAUUAACUUGGUGAGAUUGAAGUUCUUUCCUUUCUCACUCAAGGAUAAAGCCAAAAGCUGGUUGUAUUCCUUAAGGCCAAGGUCUAUUGGGACUUGGGACGAAAUGACAAAAGCAUUUUUCUCUAAAUUUUUCCCACCCCAUAAGACUAGCAGCCUUAAGAGGCAAAUCUCUACCUUCACCCAAAAGGACCAUGAAACGUUUCAUCAGGUCUGGGAGAGGUUUAAAGAUUUGAUGGGCCAGUGCCCACAUCAUGGAUACGAAAGUUGGCGUCUUGUCAGCUAUUUCUAUGACGGUCUCACAGCCGACAAAAGACAAUUCGUACAAAUGAUGUGCAAUGGCGACUUCCUACAGAAAGAUCCCGAAGAAGCUUUGGAAUAUCUUGAAGAAAUUUCUGAAAAAUCAUACACAUGGAGUGCGCCAAGUCCUACAGACAAGCCACGAACAGCCGGAGUCUACCAAUUGAAGGAGGAGGACAGUGUGAAAGCUCAACUUGAAGCUUUGAAAAAACAAUUUGAGGCUUUCAAAACUCAAGAAGGUAAAGCACUCCAGAUGGCUGCAAAAGUGGAAAAGCAAGAACCAUGCUUCAUUUGUGGAGGGACUGAUCAUCAACCACAAGAGUGCCCUAGUCUUAGUAUGUUAAGGGGAGGAGAUGAGGAACAGUGUAAUGCCUUAGGGGAUUAUAAGAAGCCUUAUAAUGCCUACUCCAACACAUACAAUCCUGGUUGGCGUAACCAUCCCAAUUUCAGUUGGAAGGAUACAAGUCAAAAUCAAGCAUCUGGGAGCCAAUGGAGGCCUGAUCAACAAAAGAAUUCUCUUGAGAGUUCCAUGAAAAUUCUCGCAGAAUCUCAACUAGAGUUCGGUGACUUAUUUCACUCAGGUGAUAGAGGAAUUGAAGGACAUAAAGAUUCAAAUAACAAAGUUAAAUGA